AUGACAGAGCAAGAAAGUGAUUCCGUGGCCCUUGAAGAGCGCCUGAAGUCGGCUCUUUGGCUUGCAAUUGGUAGAAUCGUGGACGAUGAAACGAUCAAGCUGGGUGUUGAUGCCACUCCACAGUUUAUAGGGGCACUGACGGAGAUGGUUUGGGCACAGAUAGGUAAAAUCCCUCCCACUGUCCUAGGUUAUCCUUGCCGUGACGUGAAGGAGAUUUCAGGGGAGCGUUAUAUCCAUGCUGAUGUCAAGUUCAGAGACCGUGGGACAAGACCUGGAGGCAUUCGCCAAACAUGCGGGACGGUCGACGAUCAACUUAUCCGAUGUGAUGCUUCUGGCACGCCGAAACGAAGGCUUGGAAUCAAUAUUGAGAGCAUUUGUUGA